UUGGUUUUACCAAGUUCCCACACCAUAAAGUUCUGCCUAUACAGGGGCCACAUGGCUGUAGCCUGAAACCUCAGAGACCAUAAACCAAAAUAAAUACUCAUUGUAAAUUUUCUACCCGGUGUCAGUGACAGAAAGCUAUUACAAUCAUAAACUUUUUGUUUUCUGAGAUUUUUGUUGAGUACUGGUAUUCCUGCUCUACACAGGGGCUUUGGUUUUUUUUUGGGGGGGGGACGACUUUGUUUCAUUUUGAAGAUUUUAUUAUAUAGUUCUGACUGGCUUGGGAUCAGUCUACCCUCUACUCAAGAGAUCCACCUGUCUUUGUCUCCAGACUGCUGGGAUCACAGGCCUGUCCCAAUACACUCAGCAAAAAUGAGCUGUAAAAAUACCUUGCUUUGGUGACAUCACUGACAAUUAUUAAGAUGUAUCCAAAUUCUUCUACAGGUUCAAGGUUAAGGCACGUUUCAUCAAGAAAUUAAGCCUUAACAAAAUAAAAAUACCAAACCUUUGCACUGAGGUAAGGAGAUUUUUUUUUUCCUCCCUAGAGGAUAUCUCAGAGGAUUGAGCUGGAAUAAAAAGAUCAUUGAGAGGCCACAGAUCAGUUGUUUCACGGUCGACCUCAGCUAUUUGGGACUUUUAGUGUGGACAUAAAAACCACAGCUCUCAUCUUAAAGGGAAUAAAAGAUGGUUGAUUCUGGAGCCAUUUUGAUUGACCAUGGCCCGGGGACACAGAUUUAGGUUAUCCCAAAUUCCGGGUAAGAUGAAAGCUUUUUUUUUCUUUCCGUUGACACGGGAAUAGUUACUUUCCCCCCACUCUGCCAAACUAUGGAAACCAUUUAAGAUUAGACUCCCCAGUGCAAUGAAAUCGCCCGUGUAUUGUCCUCACCCUAAAUCUAUUUUUGGAACUAGGGAUUUUCCAGAUUACUGUAAACCCUGCGAAGUGAGGUCAGGGCCAGGCAUGUAUUUGUACGGCUACACCCCGACACCCACGCGCGCUCGGAGCUUUCCGGAAACCCAUGCGCUGAAACUGAAGCUGCCCAGUUCAGAGUCACUUUGUUACGCAUCGGUGUCGCGGACGGCCGGACGCUCCCCAACAAGCAGACCGUGCAGGGGUAUCCCCGGCCGACUCACCAGGCCAGAUUACUGAUUAUCUAGUGCCUAAAGGUACUACCAGCCCCGAGCGGCCAGCACCCUACCCUACUCUGCCCUGCCCUGGCCUGCCCUACCCACCCCCUCCGCCCGGUGCGACCAAAGCACGGAGGAACUCGUUGGCGCGCGCGCCCCGGGUGGGGUAGGGAGUGGUGGCGUGGUGACGUCAGGGCGGAAGCCUACGCUGCGCGCAGCGGCCUGGAAGCCGGCGGUCACGGGAAUAUCCGUCGCGCCGAGGACGCUGGUUAGUCUCGCUUUGGGUUCCGGCUGCGUCGGGCGUGCGUGUAGCUCGCUAGAACUAUGGCGUCCGGGCCUCACCCGACAUCGACCGCUGCCGCCGCCUCUGCCUCGUCCGCCGCCCCGAGUGCGGGCGGCUCCAGCUCCGGCACGACGACCACGACGACGACGACGACCGGAGGGAUCCUGAUUGGCGACCGCCUGUACUCGGAGGUGUCGCUUACCAUCGACCACUCGGUGAUUCCGGAGGAGCGGCUCUCGCCUACCCCGUCCAUGCAGGACGGCCUCGACCUGCCCAGCGAGACGGACCUGCGCAUCUUAGGCUGCGAGCUCAUCCAGGCCGCCGGCAUUCUCCUCCGGCUGCCGCAGGUGGCGAUGGCUACGGGGCAGGUGUUGUUUCAUCGUUUUUUCUACUCCAAGUCUUUCGUCAAACACAGUUUCGAGAUUGUUGCCAUGGCCUGUAUUAAUCUUGCAUCAAAAAUUGAAGAAGCACCAAGAAGAAUAAGAGAUGUGAUUAAUGUAUUCCACCACCUCCGCCAGUUAAGAGGAAAAAGCGACCAGCUACAUUUACCAAAGCCUGGGUGAUGUGGAGUGGUACAUAGAGAUGAAGCUGUCGUCAUGGCAACAGUGAGUGAAGUAUCGAAAUCCCCAAGGAGAAGCCAGUGUUCUGAGAAUAGGUCACUGGAAUCGGGGACUAACAGGUUGGCCACUGGUGAACCAUUUAGAGAAAAACAAACAAACAAACAAAAAAAAACUCCUGUUUCUUGUUAUAAGCUUUUGUCUUUGCUGUCCAAGUUAUUGAAACUAUAGCUUUAAAAGGUGGUGGGGUUUUUCUGUUUUCAUUUUCUUUAUUUUUUUUGCAUAGGGUAUAGUUGGAAAGUAUUCAUAAAUGUUAAUACUCCUAUUAGUUUGUCUUUAAGUCCAAUUUACAAAUUAACAGGUUAUUCUAUGGUCUUGGUAAUUACAAGGGGUACUUUAAUGUAGCUUUAAAGUCACUGUUUUUAGUCAUGGCUAUAUGUAGAGUGUAAAAUCAACUGUUCGAAGGGAAAAUAAACAGUAAGUACCACUUUAGUUAAUCCUCAACCUGAGAUAACUGACUUGUCCCCCAUUAGCUUUUUUAUAGUUCGGUAAUUCUUUAGAAUAGCUGAAUUCAAAGGAAAGUUAAAGCUAUUUGUAUUCACAGUUUACUGUUUCCAUGUAAUAUCCCCAGUAUAUUAAGGGUCUUUUCUUUAAAGACAAGUCUGUGUUCAUAUCUUUUAAGGUUUCUGUUACAAGAACAUAAACUUGUAAAAGAUUUAACUACUUUUAUUGGUGACUGUUUAUGCUAUUUUCAAUGCAUAAAAUCUUCAGUUAACAUUGAAAGAAUGUUUCUGUUUACUUUUAAAUGAGCAUUAGAAAUCUCUAUGUUGAGUAGCAAUCUUGUGUGUGUAUUAGCCAUCUGGUUUAUAGUGUACUUCCUUGAACUACUUUCAGAGGCCUUGUAACUCAGGAGUGCGACCAACCGUGCUUGAACCCCCAGGUCUAAAUGUGUUUUCAGGCAUACUGCAGAAAGUAACUAUCAUAAAUUCCUAAUAGCUGGAAACCAACAUUUCCUAAAGACUAAAAUUUGUUUCAAAUAAAUAAAUGAGCAAAGUCAGGUAAUAACCUUUUCAAAGGUGGAGUUUGGUAGUCUUGAGUGAUACUACCUAUUCCUGAGUUCUCUGAAUACAUGAGGAUUUUCUCCCUUAGUGUAUAUAGUGCCACCUCUUGUGUUGAACAAGGAUGUUUAUCUGAUUGGGAAGAAAUUCUAGCAAGCCUUGAUUCAGAUUACUGUGUCGCUAAAGAUAUUUCUAAUUGGUAGCUGCCUUAAUAUGAAGAGCUUAGUCAUUUGUGGAGACAGUUUUGAAUUUCAUCAUGGUGUAAAAUGCUUCUGUUAAGAUAGUUGUUAAUUUUGUAUUCAUUGAGCUUGCCUUGAUUUCCGAGGUAAAAUCUGAACAAAUGAAGACAAGAGAUUAUGCUAACAGUGGCAAGACUGAACAAGAGCUUAGAUGGUUGAGUUGUAGUAAGAUUGUUAAUGGGAUUGCUUUCUUGGCCUGUUUUAAAGGCGUUGAGAAGUUUGGAAUUUAAGAUUGAAGAUCUCACUUUGUAGUAGCCCAGGGUAUCUGUAAUUUAUGAUCCCUGUGUAAAACCACUUCACUCGUGGGAAAGGUACAAAGCCUGUACCUUUAUAGGUUCUUAGGGAUUCUUAUGAGGUGGGGAAUGUGCAUAUGGCAGAGUAGUAAAUCUAAGAUACUUUGAGCACAGUUAGUGUCCUUAAAUUUGGUAUCAGUUGAUAGCUAUAGUUGAAACAAGUGUUUGAUUGCAAAUUUUAUUACAAUUUAAAAAUAGUUUCAUAAAGCAAAUUUUCGUAGUAAGUAAAUUUUAACAUAUGAAGAAAAGUGAGUCAGAACUCUGCCUUUGUAAAUGCUUUGUAUAUGGAUUUUUAAUGAUGCUGUUUACUUACCUUCUGGCUUUUAAGAGUUAAGGGCCAAGCUGUGUAAGAAAAAAAAAAAAAACCACUGGAGCCUCCUUGACUCUCAGUACCAAUUGAAGGAGAACCUUCUAAUUAGUCUGUAUUGGGAUUGUCUCCAAAAUUUCUUAGAAUUCAUAUAAAAACUGAAAAAUCAUGAACCCUUACUUGGUGUCAUUGGGAGUUUUCCAUACAUGGGUUGCUCCUAUUUGAGUUAAAUUUGACUUUUUCUCCUAAAGUGCAGUUUGUAGCUAUUCUAAUAAAAUUGAUUCACAACAGGCCAUUUCUUACACUUUUUGAUGUGGUAAUCAAAAUUGAACUUAAUGAAAAUUUUCCAUCAUUACUUUUUAUUGUUUAUAAUGUUACUUUUACCAGCUAUUAAUGGUUUAGUACAAAGUUACAGAAUAAAUAACUGGGUUUUGUUUUUAAGUGAAAACAGGAAAAUACAACAUAGCUGGUUUUUACUCUGAUAGCCUGCUACUAGGGAGGUAGUUAAUGUACUUCAUUGCAGAUUUUUUUCAGUCUUGAGUUAACUCAGGUUUGUCUCAACUCAACUGAUGGAGUGGAGGAUGUCCUUGAACUCUUUAUCUCCAUGUCCUCUCCCCAACCCCUGCAAAGUGCUGGGAUUAUGAGGUGAGCCACUACUCCUGGCUCAAUAUUACAGGUUAGAUUGUUUUAUUAUCUUUAAGGGAAUAUAAAAUAGGUUUUGUUAUUGUUGUGUUGUUUUGAAAAGAUUGUAUAUUUGGUAUUAUAUUCUCCCAAGACUUGGUAACUUGGAUGAAAAUGAAUUGAGUAUUUAAGAAAGCAUUUCAAUGUUACUCUGACCAUAUAUUUAUUGUACAGUAUUUAAUAAAAAUGUACAUCUCACUGGCUAGAGGUAGGAGUAUAUCAAACACCAUGGUAAAUUUGAUAGGUUACCUUGACAAUACUAAACUAGCAGAUUAUAGGAAAAGCCAGAUCCUGGUUAGUUACACUUGACUGACAUCUGACAUGACUUAGGACUGGCUUCAGGAUGAGCUUCAUAGCAAGACUUAAUUUAAUUUAUUUUAUUUUUUUAAAGAUUUAUUUAUUUAUUAUAUAUAAGUACACUGUAGCUGUCUUCAGACACCAGAAGAGGGCACCAGAUCUCAUUACAGAUGGUUGUGAGCCACCACAUGGUUGCUGGGAAUUGAACUCAGGACCUCUGGAAGAGCAGUCAGUGCUCUUAACUGCUGAGCCAUCUUUCCAGCCCCUUAUUUUAUUUUUUAAAGGAUGAUUUACAUGUCGUAUAUAUGAAUGGUUAGAUACCCUUUCCCCCCACAACCCUGGGGGCAUCCCUCAUCCCUCACAGGUCUCAAAUGUGGUCUUUGAGUCUUAGUUCCUUCUCUGUGGCCUUAAAAUCAACCUCAUAGGAACUAUAGUAACCCAAGUCAGCUAAUUCACUUUUUACCUUAUUUUUAAACAUUUAUUUCACUUGGCAGUUGAGCUAACUUGUUGGAGAUGAGGGGGCUGUUAAUUAAAGAAUUAAAUAUUCUUGAAAUAUUUGUUUAUAACAUGUUAUCUCAAAAGGGAAGUCAGAAUUAAUUACCUUUUGUUUUUGUUUUCUUAGCUUUUAUUUUAACCAAACAUUUAGCAAAGGGUUGAUUCAAUUUUUUAAAAACCUUUGUUCAUGUUGAAUUUGAUAGUAAAUCUUUCAGGAGUUGCAUUAGUUCUUACUGUCCUUAUUAGUGCCAAUAAUGCUCAUCGCUGAAGCUGUGUGUAAGUUCAACAGACCUAAGCAUGUGAGUUUAAGUUGUGUUAGGUUUUAGGAGCUUUGUCUAGUUAUAGUUAGCAUAACUUGGACAGCAUAAGAUUAAUGCUUUAACUUGUUAGCAGGAGUUUAAAAAGCUGGUUUCUGUUGCCAAUAGUUGGUUGGAAGGGAAAAUGGAGAUGCCACAAAUAAAAUUUCUUGGAUGUGCAAAACAGUUUUGAUUUUAUUUCCUACAAACUAUAGGACUCCAAGCCCCCUGAUCCUUGAUCAGAACUACAUUAACACCAAAAA